AUGUUUAACUGGGUGGUGAAAGUGGUCCCUCAGCCCCCUGAAGUUCCUGGGACAGACGAAGAUGCUAAACCUAAACCCCCCGCUGCUAACAAUACCAAAAACAAAGAUGCUAAAAACACAGAUGAGGCUUCAGAGGACAGUCAGACUCAAGCUGGAGUCUUAGGCUGGCUGUCUAAUGGGUUCUCCAGCGCUUUGCCUCAACCCUCCGGCACCCCUCGACUCUCCAGGUCCAACUCUGACGCCCGGUCAGGGGAGAAUGGAGAAAGGACCGGGGUGAUCGGCUGGGUCUCUCAGGGUCUGACCAAGGUGUUGCCUCAGCCCGAUGACAAAUACAAAGAGAUUAACGACAACGAGGAACACACCGAGGUAUACGAAGUAGAAACAAUGCCAGAUUUCGACCCCCUCCCACACAUCCCCGUAGUGGAGAUGCACUCAGAAUGUGAAGAUGAGGUCGAGGAUCUGACCCCUGCAUUUGGUCCCAGUGUGGUGAACUGGAUAAAACAGAUGGUCCCUCAGCCCGUUAUGGUGCCCCCUGGUGCUGUACCUGUAGAACCAUCGAACAAGUCAACCCGCUCCUCCCUGGACAAAAUUUUGUCUCCGCCGCCUGAAUCUCUCAGUGGAAUCUCACUGGAUACUGACAGCAAAGCUUCAGGUGUGGUUGGCUGGUUCGUGUCCGGGCUGGGUCUGAAGUUGCCUCAGCCUGCAGUUCCACCUAAAGAUGAGUCUCAGGCUCCAGCUGAAGUCCUACAGAAAGUUUCAACCAAACUCAAACCUGACAUGGUGCUGGAAGAUGUGGAUUCCGACAAUGAGGGCCAGCAGACGCAUGACGUUGGGACUGGAAACGACAAGAAACCAAAUCUGCUACCAUCAAAUAACCAGCAGACACAAUCCACCUCCAACGUCAUUCAAAAAUCCCAGCCAACACCGAGUGUGACAAAAAUGUCUCAAGAAGACGCAGAGACCCAGACCGGGCGCUGGACGCCGUUCAUUCAAAGCAUAAAGAGGGAGGCCGAAGACGUGGCUAUGGCUACCAUGGAGGAACGCCUGAUGCAGGAGCGCCUGGAGAUGGCCCGUAUGGCUGAAGAAGUAGCCAGGCAGACAGCUGAGAUGGCCAUUAGACAGAUGGCCAGUGAGGGGCACUCCAUUAAACUCUCACUGGGGAGUCAAGAACUGCUGCUGGAGGAACCUGAAGUCGAACUGCCAAUGACACCAGAAGAGCAGAGUGAGGACGAGCACAUUCAAAUCACAGAAGAGGAAGAGAACCUCGCUGAGGAGAAACAGGAGGAAGAGGAGCCUGUCAUCAGUGACCCAGAGCAAAAAGAGGAAGAAGAGCCACAGCGGACCUCCCCCUCGCCACCUCCAAGUCCUGAACCAGUUACAACCCAGCCCAAGGCUGAUCCAGAAUCAGAACCAGAAACCGACAUCAAGGAAGCCAAUGAAGACGCUGAGCCUGUAACCCAGCAGCCACAGAAAUCGAAGGCAGAUGGUCAAAGCCCAGAUUCUGACAAAGCUAGUGACAAAGAGGAGGAAGCUACUGGGGAAGGCUGUGGUGCUCCAGUCAGCUGUGAUGCAUUCAAGAGCUGCCUGAUGCGCAUUCCUCACACCUCAGAGUGCCUGGGCAACAUCAACGCGUACUUCAAAGAGAAUGGCAUUUCUGCCCCCAAACUACCCUCCAUGCCUGAGAUGCCCAAACAGCUUUCUGACGUCACCAAGUACUUACCCAGCCUACCCUCUCUACCCCCUGAACUGCGCCAAGAGUUUUCCCAGAUACGACUCACACAGAUGCCUAAAAAACAACAACAACAACAACAACAACAACAGCAAAAACAAAAGCAAGACAAGAAUCAGCAAGAUGUUGAGCUCAACCGGCUCGUCCGACAUUCCCCUCUGCCUCCCCCUCACCAUCCUCAGCUUCGGUCCCGCUCCCCAUCUCCAUCCUCCCCAAAUGGUAGUACUCUUGAAUUGCCCAACGUGCCAUCCUACCCACGCCUGCCGCCGAUUGUCAGUCCCCCAUCGAAGCAGCUCAACUCACCAUCCCGCCAGCUUUCUGGUCUCUGUAACCCGGCAUUCUUCAUUGAAGAUGAUCCAGACGCUUCACCAAGAAGACCUGCAGAGAGUUCAAGCCUCAGCCUUCAUCCAGCAGUCAACGUAGAGGAUUUCGACUCAGACCAUGAGAGAGGACGGGAAGGAAGAGAAGGGGCAAGAGGAGGGGAGGAACAGAUAAAUAUUCCCCAAAUCCUCACCACCCAGGACCCCAAACUUACAACCCUCACCGUCCCAGUGACCCCUUCUGUGGGCCGUCAAAGCAAAGGAGACAAAGAUAGUGGAAGGCAUCGUAGGAACAUCUGGACAAACAUUAGGAACCUGCAGUCUCAAAGUGAGGACGAUGAUGAUGAAGGAAACACCCCCGUCAAAGCGUGGCCCAGUCAGUCCAGCCUGCACAGCACAGAUGACAUACUGAGAGAACGUCCUGCGUCUUCGGCCAGUCAGACCAGCACAGUGGUCAACGAGCGUCUUCAGGAGCUGGUCCGGAUGUUUAAAGAGAGAACCGAGAAGGCAAAGGAGAAACUCAUAGACCUCGACAGCUCAGAUGAAGACAGCACCAUCACUUCUCCUCCUGAAACUUCAGCUCCUCAGCCUGUUCCUGCUCAGCAGGAGGAAGAGAAAGAGGCACAAGCAGGUCCUUCAGGAGAAGGAGAAGGAGAAGGAGAAGGAGGCCAUGGAGUGGAGGGUGGGGAGCAGGCUAGCCAAUGCUGCAAGGUUAAAGCCCCUCGCUGGAUAAGAGCCUGUGUGCACUACCGCUUCCCUGCCAGCAUCGACCCUUUUACCAACCUUAUGUACGUGCUGUGGAUGUUGUUGGUCUCUCUGGCGUGGAACUGGAACGUGUGGUCCAUCCCUGUACGCUGGGCCUUCCCUUACCAGACUCCAGACAAUAUUUACUACUGGCUGCUGACCGACUACCUGUGUGACCUCAUUUACAUCCUUGACAUCACCAUUUUCCAGCCUCGCCUGCAGUUUGUUCGCGGGGGAGACAUAGUGAGUGACAAAAAGGAGAUGAGAAAGAAUUACAUGAAAUCCAAACGAUUCAAAUUUGAUGUGGCCAGCCUUGUACCUUUGGAAAUUUUCUAUUUUAAAACUGGCGUCAACCCUCUGCUCCGCUUACCAAGGCUGCUGAAGUUCAACUCCUUCUUUGAGUUCAACGAGCGUCUGGAGGCAAUAUUGACCAAAGCCUACAUCUACAGGGUGAUUCGCACCACCACAUACCUUCUAUACUGUCUUCACUGUAAUGCCUGCCUUUACUACUGGGGCUCUGCAUUCAAAGGACUGGGAUCAACCAAGUGGGUGUACAACGGAGAGGGCAACAGUUACAUUCGCUGUUACUACUUUGCUGUGAAGACUCUGAUCACCAUUGGUGGUCUACCAGACCCCACCACCCUGUUUGAGAUCAUCUUCCAACUCAUCAACUACUUUGUUGGAGUCUUUGCCUUCUCUAUCAUGAUUGGACAGAUGCGUGAUGUGGUUGGGGCAGCCACAGCUGGUCAGACCUACUACCGCACAUGCAUGGACAACACCAUUAAGUACAUGUACUCCUACCGCAUCCCCAAAGACGUCCAGAACCGCGUCAAGACGUGGUAUAACUACACCUGGCAAUCACAAGGCAUGCUGGAUGAGCAGGAGCUGCUCACUCAGCUGCCAGAUAAAAUGCGUCUGGACAUCGCCGUAGAUGUUAACUACUCCAUCGUCAGCAAAGUUCCACUUUUUCAGGGUUGUGACAGACAGAUGAUCUUUGAUAUGCUGAAAAGCCUUCGCUCAGUUGUCUACCUACCUGGGGAUUAUGUUUGUAAAAAGGGCGAGGUGGGUCGGGAGAUGUACAUCAUAAAGGCGGGCGAGGUGCAGGUGGUUGGAGGACCAGAUGGGAGGACAGUUUUUGUCACUCUUGGAGCAGGUUCAGUCUUUGGAGAGAUCAGUUUACUUGCAGUAGGCGGGGGUAACAGACGCACAGCAAAUGUAAUUGCUCAUGGCUUUGCCAAUCUCUUCAUCCUGGACAAGAAGGACCUGAAUGAGAUCCUGGUCCACUAUCCAGAGUCCAAGAAGCUGCUUCGCAAGAAGGCCAGGAAGAUGCUGACAACGGGAAAAAAACCUGAGCCAAAAGAGAAGCCAAAAGAUUCCCCUCAGGUCCCGGCAGCCCCUGUAAGGCCAGAGACACCCAAACUGCUGAGAGCAGCUCUGGAGAUGACUGAGAGAUCCUCUGGACUCAAAGGAGCUUUGGCUAAAGUCAAAGAGAAGACAAACAAGUCCAGUAUCUCAUUGCAGCCCUCCAUCUCCUCCUCCCUGCCGCCACCAUCUCCCACCUCCAGCUCUGGACCAGAGAGAGAUGAUGACACACCAUCGCCCGUCUUUGCCGGCUCCGCCUCAUUUCGAUCCGCUUCCUGCUGCCACAACAACGACUCUGUUGUUCCUCACUCUGCAUCACAGAGCCACCAAGAUGCAGAGUGAAUGCUCACCGGGGACCGAAGAGAAAAGGGAGUCAAUAACGAUGAGGAUGAAGGGAACAAGUGUGGGAAGAGGAAAGGAAAGGAGUUGUGAUAAUUCUCUAAAGGACAAAGCAAGGAAGGGAAACCAGAAAAUGUUGACAGUUGCAAGGCCAUUAGAGUGAACAAAUGGUAAUAAAGUUACAACUUCUCUAAAAGGAAAUGAGACAAAUUCACAACACAGAAAGUACUCGCCAGAUAUCUACAGAAUGAUUCAAGUCGAGGGAGAAGACGUGUUGUAAAUUAACAUGUACACAAACUGUCAUGGCUUGGUGUUAGCCUGAUCUCCUCAAGUUGGGACAUUUGCAGAAUUUAAAACGUAGUUCAGUAUCCACCCUGACUCAUGAAAAAAAAGCUCUACCAUUGUAUACAUAAUAAUAA